AUGUCAUCUCCCAACACCAACCCACCACAAGCUUCUCUCCUAGGCCUCCCCACCGAGCUCCGCAUCCAAAUCUACGAGCACAUCUUCACUUCCAACGAGAAAACAUCGCUGGCCUACGACAAUAAGGACAACACCACCGACGCCAGCUUUGUCCUGAUGGGAAGUGACAGCGGCCACAAGGAUAACCUCGAGCACUUCGCCGCUCUGUUCGCCGUGCCAUGCAUUUGUCGGACGAUUCGGAGGGAGGUGAUGCCGGUCCCUUCGGAGCUGCCGCCCAUUAGUGAGAUUCGGUUUGUGUUCCAGGACUUUACGACAGUCGAUAUGGCGGGUUGGCUCGAUAUGAUCGGAGACAAGAACGUUGCGAGCAUGAGGAAGUGGAGCUUGCAUAGCACCGGGAAUUGCCAGCAUGAGUAG